UUCUUAAAAUUAAUCUAAAUAAUUUAAUCAAUAUUUUUAUAUAUAAUAUAAAACUUUGAUGAAAGUCAUUGGAGCCGGCUUCUCAAAGACCGGCACAAAGUCUCUUCAUACCGCCUUAUUAAAACUAGGAUACUGUACCGUAUAUGACGCUCUCGAAAAUGCUGUUUACUUGGAAGAUAAAUGGAAUACAAUAUUUGAAAAGGGCUGGUCAAUUGAAACAUUCAAGAAAAUGUAUGGAAAUAUCGACGCUGUUGUAGACGUACCAGCAUUCUACUUUUGGGAAGAUAUAUACAAAACAUUCCCUGAUGCAAAGAUCAUUUUAACAGUACGAGACAACGAAGAUGUUUGGUUCAAAAGUUUGAAACAACAUAUGGAAUGCAGAGAUAAAAUCCUUACAUUACACUUAUUGGAAUGGUUUUCACCUUCGUGGAAGCGGACGCAAGUCAUGCGCCAUAAUUGGGGUGAAAUAAUUUACGGCGAUAGAUACAUGUUUGAUUCCAAAUGGUUUGGAAGGAAGAUGAAUGAACAACUAAUAAAAUUAGUUUACAGACAACACAACGCGUAUGUUCUGCACAAGGCACCUAAAACGAAACUACUGGUUUUUAACGUGAAGGAUGGAUGGGAACCACUUUGUAAAUUGGUAGACGUACCAGUUCCUGAUGAACCCUUCCCGCAUACAAAUGUCAAGGGUGGAAUUGUUCAGCAUUGGAUAAAUACACACCCACUUGUAUUGAAAAUGAAAAACGAGAUGAAGAUUACAUUGCCAUCAAUUCUAAUUGGAGCGGCCACGUUGCUUGGAGUUUUGCUUUACUCAAAGAAAUGGUAACACGAUUGCAACACUUUGUCGGGCUUUGCACACUAACAAUUUAUUCACAAGUGAAAUUUAUUUGUAAGUGGAUAAUGAUUUCCUACCGUGUUACAUAAUGAAAAUAGUUGAAGUUAGAGCGGUAGACCCAAAUUUUAUCGAUAUAAUUUUGUUACGUUUGAUGCGACGCAGUUUUCAACCGGUUCAAGACAUAACACAGUCAAAAUUAUAAUUGCUCUCUAGUCGCUAAUUCACGCCUACAAAAUCCCAAGAAAACUCAGCAAUUCCUUUGUUGAAUGAACUAGAGAAAUUGAAAACAAUCUGGUCUCAUUUUAGUGAGGUAGUAUAGCUCUAAACUUCAAGCAAGUCAGCGGGGUAGUUCGGGUAUGAGCCAAUACUCGUAAAGGAUGAAAUGCAAAUAUAAACAUUGAGAUAUUUCUCAUUUAUUUGGCGCAUCUGAUUCGUUCAGGGCUAGAUUGUCAUGAUAUAUUAAACCAAAUAUUUUG